AUGGAGCGACGUCAAGAGCUUUGUCAAUCACUCAAAGGACAACGUGCUGUUCUACCAAAUCUUUACUGCUUAUUCCCGGACUGGACUCCAAAAUUGCACCCCGAAUAUGCGAGAGCUCGAGAUGAGUCUACUGAUCCGUGGAUCAAACGCUUCGUUAGGGAUCCUUCAAUCUGUCGAAAGCUUCAGAAAGCAGAUUUCACGACAUUUGCCGCAGUAAUGUGUGCAAAGUCCUCCUUUGUACGACUCUGCACGGUAGCAGAAUGGUUUACCUGGUAUUUUAUAUGGGAUGAUUUAUUCGACUGCGGUUCCCUUUCUCACGAUCCGGAAACGAUCACAAGGUACAGAUACGCAAGUGUCGAAUAUUUCAAGCAUGUCCUUUGUGAUGAAGUAGAGCAUCCAGAUCUAUCUGAAUUCAGCGAAGAACUCCAAAGUGCGCUACGCUGCUGGGACGAGGUUGCAGAUCAUAUUCGUCAGGUGUGCUCAAAAAGGACGUCAUUUCUGUUAGCAGCCAUGAUAGACUAUGCGUGGAGUGUUGAUUACGUGGAUUCGAUCUAUUCAGAGGAUACAAUUCCAUCGUUACAGCAGUACUGGUGUCGAAGAGAACGCACAGCUGGAGUUCAUCCUGUCAUCGCUACUAUUCCUUUUAUAUAUGGCUUUGAUAUCUCAGGGCGAGAUCUAGACGACACGAACAUGAUAUUACUCCGGAAACAUACCUCGUACCUUGUCCACAUACAAAAUGACAUGUUUUCAAUAAGAAAGGAGGCGAAAGUUGGACAAUUUGAGAACCUCGUUCCGAUAAUCAUGCUAAACGAAAACUUGAGAGCCAGUCAGGCAAUGAAAGUGGCCUUUAUGCUAGCUCAGGAAUCAGCAAGGGGCUUCUAUGAAGUGGUUGAUAGAAUGCAGCAGGCUGCCAAGGGAAGACACCGCGCUGUCGCGGACAUUUUCAUCGAAGGGUGUAGAAACAUUGUCAUGGGACUCACUCAUUGGAGCUACACCGGGGAGCGAUAUUUCACAGCGGGCGAGGCGAAUGAGGACCAUACCAUACAUUUUGAACUAUAG